CCGAGCACAAAGAGCAGCUGGUUUAUGGUCAUAUGAUGUUAUUAGCCGACAAUCAGGAGCAACAACGUCUCAGUUGAAUUCCCCACAUCACUCCCUGCGUUGAAAGUUACCUGCAGCUGACACACCAUCAAACCACAGAAUGUCAUACGGGUCCAUAGAUGGAGGCUCCUUUGGCAGUCGUAACCCAUUUGGGGGUCCCACAAGGCAGGGCUAUCAGCCAGUAGCCACACAGGUCAGCCCUUCAGAACUACAAGAUGUGUUUCAAGAAGCCUCCACCAGUAUCUUCCAGAUCAACGCCAACGUUGUCACCUUGGAGAAAAGUCUUCAGUCACUGGGCACAUCCAGAGACACAGCAGAGCUGCGUCAGAGCCUACACUCCACUCAGCAGCAAACCAACAAAGUCAUCACCAGCACAAGUCAUCUCAUCAAACAGCUCUCUGACAUAAUCAGCAGCUCUUCACGGCAAGAACGUCUUCGUAUGACCAGACUGAAGACUGAACUCUCAGAUUCAGUGCAGCGCUAUGGGGAUCUUCAGAAGAAAAUUGCAGAGCGCUCAAGGGCCUUGCUCCCUCCAGUACCGAAAGACAAGAAGAAGAGUCCCCAAACUCCAUCUAGUGACCAGAACCAGGAGGACCCACUGUUUGGAGAAGCAGCAGUUACUGAGGAGGGAGGUCAAGCUUUCCUGUCUGAGAUCAGUGAGGAGGACGUGGAGGUGCUUCGUCAAAGAGAGGAGGCUCUGCUUCAGAUUGAAAGAAACAUGCUGGAUGUUAGUCAAAUCAUGAAGGAUCUAGCCAGCAUGGUCCAUGAACAAGGAGACACAAUAGACAGUAUUGAAGACUACAUUCAGACCACAUCAUCUAACGUGGAAUCGGCCAACCAGGAGCUUGCCAAGGCCAAUCAGUAUCAGAGGCAGCUGAGGAAAAGAAAGUGUUACCUUCUGCUUGCCGGUGCCUUUAUCCUUGCCAUCCUCAUUCUCAUUAUUGCUGUUUCAGCAAGAAAAUGAGACCACCCUCUUUGGUAGCUGCUGUCAUUACAGUGUCACUGCACUGCUCCUGCCCCCAGUCUGAUCCCUGACCUGCUCAGCUGGUAUCCAGAAGAAAAAAAGAAUCUCUACUCCAUCCUCUCCAGCUCUGCUUGAAUGUGCAUAUGUCUGAUCGCUUGGGGAUGGGGGCCUUUUUCAGCAUAACCCAAAUCUCAUGUAGUCGUGUCUAGUGCUUUUUCUGUCUUUUCUUUUUUACAUUUUAUUCCUUUCUGCUUUUGUUGUAUUAGUAUAUACUGAGGCACCACAAGAGGGAUUUUAUUGAUUACAUCACACAGUCAAAGUAAAAAGAAAGUAGAAUAUGCUUGAGUCGUGUUUUUACAUAUCAGGGUAUAAAACUCAAUUUCAAUCUGACCUCAAUAGAUUCCACAUUCUCAUUAAACUAAAUGAGGAAAAAAAAAAAAAAAAAAAGUUAAAGGUGACUCCAUAGCAUAUACAACCAUCUUUAGCUGCACAAAAUAAAAGUUGUCUCUUACAUUUUUGUGGAGAAAUUUUUGCCAACACGGUUUACCGAUGUUUGCAGACAUUUGCUCUCUUAACAUCCCGCUACAGCAUUUCACUCAUGCUGAAAUCUGGAUUUUGAUUGGCCAUUACAGGGCCAUUCACUUCUUUCUAAUGUGAGUGGUGCUGUCCAGCUCCAGAUGCUGUUAAACAAGCCUGGAUCAUCACCUCUCCACCACCUAUAGCUAAUAUGAAGUCUUUGUGCUGAUGUAUUGUAUUUGGUUUUCUCCAAACAUGGUGAUCUCUAUUACAGCCAGACAUCUCUAUUUUUGUCUCAUCUGUUCAAAGAACAUUGUUCCAGAAGUCGUGUGGGUCAUUCAAAUGCAGCUUUAGAAACCUAAGUCAUGUUAUGUUAUUUUUAGAGCAAAGACAAUUUCGUUGGCACUUCUUCCAGACAACUCAUUCUUGUGCAAGUGGUGGAGUUUUGUUGGUGUACAUGUGCUUUCAAUUUUAAACUGGUGACAUGUUUUGGGGUUGUGUUGUUCCCAUUGGCAGUUUAGGUUGAGCCGGCAGUGCUUAAGAUCUCUCAUUAAACUGAGAUAUUUUCCUGUACUCUAAAGAUAUGUCGCCUCUUUCUCAUUGUCCCAGUAACAUUAACUUAAGCCUUUAUGGCUUGAACGUUCCACUUAUUCUGUGUUUUUCUAAUGGUCCUGGUAUUAACUAACUUUUAACAUGCCAACUGAGGCCUGUAGUAUCUGAGAUGGUAGCUAUUGGGUGCUGUUUGUAAUUUCCUAUAGCAUUGCUUAGUCUGACCUUGGAGUAAAUUUCUUGGGACUUCCACUCCUGCGAACGUUGGCAGUUCUCUUCAAAUUUUUACUUAUAAAUAAUCCUGUGGGUCAACAGGGAGAGUAUCAGAAAGUUAUAGGUUCAAUUCCAGCCUUCUCCUAAUACAUGUCGAUGUGCCCCUGGGCAAGACAACUUAACCUCAAGUUGCCUACUGAUCUGUAUACUGGUGUAUAUACAGGGGUUGGACAAUGAAACUGAAACACCUGGUUUUAGACCACAAUAAUUUAU